AGGUCAGCACAUGUGAUUCUCACACUCUUAUUUGCUACACGUCAUAGUCAUUUUUUGGCUGACCAAUCCUUUCCACGUGGCUGGUAAAAAUUUUAUAUUGCGUGAAGAAUGCGUCAGACUGGUUUAUUUUUUGAAAUCGAUCAAAACGAAAGGGAGACGCGUACAGUGUGCAUAUAGCGUGAUGGAAACUUUGAUAUUAACUACGGCAAUAUCAUUGUCAUUGAUGCUGACCUGUUGUUGUACGUAAUACUUACUACGUACUCAUUCUAUGAAUGAAAAAUUAUAGAAAUUAUUUUGGAACAAGACAGGCUUAAGAACUUUCCAGUUUCGUUGAUAAACCUAAAUUGCAUUCAGUUUAAUUCUAAAUAAAAGUAUCUAGAAAAAUAUAUUUGAGGAAAUGAGUGUAGAUACAACACAUUUUGCUUCAUGACUGAUCGACUGCAAAUUUGGGGGUAAUAAGAUACAAGAAUAUAACUAGUUUCUACAAAUUUUUUUGUUUUACCAAUGUCGACAAUAUCUGCUUGUUCAAAUAAGUUAACAAAUGAACGUCAUAGUGGGAAUAUAUCGACUUCACUGAUUGAAAACUUUAAUAUACAUCAUCAUGGUGUUCACAGUAAUCAUCAUCAACAUGACAAUACUUUAUAUCCAAUGAAUCACAUGGCUACACCAAGUCCAUCUCCUUUUUCAAAUGAAAACUCAUCUGAACAACGUCGUCAAAAUACAUCGUUACCCGCACCGCAUUUAUUGUUGCAAUCGAAAUCAGAUUAUUCACGACCAUCUGUGUUAAACACACACAUUCAUAAUAGUAACAAUAAUAAUAGUAAUAGUAUUAAUCGUGCUAACAAUUCAUACUGUACAUCAAAUAGUUUAAACUAUUCAAAUAAUUCAGAGGCUGUGAAUUUGAAUCAUUGUGAUCAAACUAUGGAGAUUAAACAACCAUAUAUUAAUACAACAACACCUACUACUACAAUCACUAGUACUGCUGUUAGUGUUACGAAUAAUUAUCAUAAUGGUACAAGAAAUAAUUACAUUUAUCAACGUACUAAUUUACUGAAUUCUCAAUAUGAUCAGUUGACUGAUUCUAUAGCCUAUAAUGAUAGUAAUAAUAAUGAUAACAAUAAUAAUGAAUACAUGAAUUAUUCAAAUAUGCCAGAAAGUGAAUUCGGACAUUGGAAUACUAGUUCUCUUACAGAUGAUUUGAAAAUCAACUCUAGAUCAGGAUUUCGUCCUCAUCUGAUUGAUGAUACUCAACAAUUGUCGUCAUGUGUAAAUGGAUUUCCAGUAUUAUCACCUACUGGGAAUACAACGGUUUUCUCAAAUAUGAAUCGUUGUCCAACAACUUGUCCAACACCAAGACAUGACGAUCAUUCAGGGCAUCAAACGGGAUCUCAUAUAACUGCAAGUAGCCAUACACAACAUCAUGCAUUUCAAGCUAGUGGAUAUUGCAAUAUUGGAGAUAAUAUUUAUGAGAAUAGAACACAUAGCCCAUCUAAUUUGACUUGUGGACAAAAUAUACUUCACUCAAGAAUCAAUUGUGAUGUAAAGAAUCCACCCCAAGUUUCUAAUCGUUCUUCACGUAGUGCCUCCACACCAACACGAUUAUUGGUUGUUUCAACAGCAAGUCCGGUGACAAGUACAAUUACCAUGACUCCUGAUUCUUCAACUAUAGGUUUUUCAGGCAAUAAAUUUGGUUGUUCAUCAGAUGAUGGUGAAGCAUCACCGACGCCGACAUGUAGCAGUGGCUGUCCACAAACUCCAGGAAGAACAAGAAAACCUGCACCUACAUUAGCUACUGGGCGAAGAAAUCUGAAAGGCGAACUAGUUGAUCCAGAUGAAGCAGAUCGUCGAAUGAAACGACGUGAACGAAAUCGUAAAUCUGCACAAAAAUGUCGUGAACGUAAAGUUCAACGAACACAAGAAUUACAAUCACAAGUUGAAUGUUUACAAUUAGAAGCUAGUAGAUUAAUGCAAGAAUUAGAAAGUUGGCGUUCACGAGCAAAACAUUGUGUUAUAUUAUUACAACGUCAUUGUCCUGGAGUUGCUGUACCAUAUUUGUCAUGUUUAAAUGAAGUACCAGUAUGUUUAAAUAAUUUCAAAGAGCCUUUAGAUGAUUUAAAUGAUUUAUUAACAUCAGACAAGAAUAUGGAUUGUGAAAUUCAACAUUAUGAAUGGAAGACAAAAGCACUUGGGAAAACGUACACUAUAAAUGAAGUAUCAGAUGAAAAUUUCAUCUCUAAUGAAUCGUCAUCAUUACUUCCUCCAGUUAAUUUGUUACAUUCCCAUAUAACACCAAAUAGAUCAAAAUCUUUAUUUGGUUUCUCUUCAAAUAAUUCUGUAAAAGACAAUGAAAGUCGCAUUUUUACACAAAAUUCUGAAUCUAACAAAGUGUCGACUCUUAAUCAAGAAGAUCAUGAUAUCUCAGAUUCUAUGUUAAUUCCAAUGUCAAGAAGUACUUCACAAGUAUCUGUACGUGGUCCAGCCUCUGGUUCAUCAUCAUCAUCAUGCUCCACUUAUGAAUUAUCAUUUCCUUCAUUGGAAAAUAACUCUCAUAGUUUAAGUGAAGCUAUUGCAUUUAAAGAUUAUUCACAACCGAAUCUUAUAUCGAUUUUAGGCUCAAGAGAUAGAUCACGUCUAUUAAGUGGACAAGAUCUGUUAGAUAACAAUUCAACAAUAAUGAUGACAAAUAAAUCAAUCUCAGUCGGAAAUAGUACAGGGAAUAAUGACAGUAAUGGUGGUAAUAAUAAUAAUAAUCAACAAACAUGGGGCUUGGAAUAUCAUGAAUCAUCUGGGAAUAAAAGUAAUUCAAUGGAUUGUUCUAGUCCUUUAUCACCACUACCGACUACAUCUUCAACAAAUGUAACACUUAACCAAUUUCAAAAUAAUAGAGAAUAUCAAAUAAAAAUGGAGUCGAACUGUUAUGAUCCGCCUAGUAACAGUAGUAGUAACAAUACACAAAUGUCAAGUAAGACAUAAAACAACCAGAAGACAAUAAUCCAUUCUUGUUACUUGUCACCGAUUUAUUGAUUUACAGUAUUGAUGCUUCUAAUAGUACCAGGAUUUGAAGAGAAAUGAAGACAAUUCUAAACUGUAAUGUUUUUUUCCAAUCGAACGUGCAUAUGCUUCUCAUAGGACACUUCACUGAAAACUUCGUUAAUUCAACGUGGAUUCAUUCAUUGUUUUUUUUUAAUUAGGGAAAACAAGUAAAAUUCUUGACAUUUUACAUUGUUUUUGUCAACAUUUUUUAAUAUCAUUUUUAUCUCAAUAGGUUUAUUCAUAAUGUUGUCGAUGAUGGAUGAUAGUUCAGGGAAUCCGAAUUUUUUCUCCGUUAUAAUUUUUUUUCGAGACAUUUUCACUUGUCCACUUCUUUUUAAAGCGCCAUUACAUCUAUUUAUUACUCAUCCUAACACAUUACUAUUGUUAUCACAACAGUAGUAAUAAUAUGAUUUUUAAAAAAUUGCUUAAUAACAUUACUCUCAUUACUAAUACAAUUCCUGAUAUUACUGAUACUUUCCAUUAGUAGUAUUAGUUGUACGUUGAAUUUUUUCUUUUUCUAGUAUAUUGAAACAAAGUCGGUGACUACAUAGAACGUUUCCGGUGAUAACGGAUAAUAGGUAUUUCAACAAAAUUGCUUAACAUUUUGAUAAACACUUUUUUGUACGCUGUAUUUUCUUCCAAUCCAGUCAAAAUUAUUUGUAUUCACAGUAAGUUAUAUAGUGCUGUGAGGUGAUCCUGUUGGCUGAAAUUAUUCAGAAAUACAUCAUAUAAAAUAAGCAUUCAUAUACACAUAUAUGGGACAAUGGCCAAUUCAGGAAGGCAGCUUUGCUGUCAAACUUCUCUCAAGCAUUCAUAAGUUUAGCCUACUAUUACAAUUACUAUUGUUAGUGAUCUAUUCGAUUACAUUAAGUAGUAUAUUCACAACGUACAAGACGGCAAAGUUGAAGUCAUUAAUAACAUUCAAACCGGUUGUUGUUUGACUUUACUUAUGUCUCGGUUGUUCCCUUUUCUAACAGUUUUUUUUCUACAAUAACUUUUUUUGUUAAAGGACGUUAUUUCUUAUUGUGUUAUCUAAUAUUUACUAUUGGCUACUAAUGUUAAUUUCAUAAUUUUUUUGUUAUUACUAGUGUACCGCUUACACUAUCCAUUAUUAUUAUUAUUAUCUGCUGUUUAUAUACUGACUUAUUCAAUAAUUUUGAAAUGUAUUCAUUAAAACAUGAAUAUUCCACGUAGUGCCUAAAAGCCCUACUCCUUACAUCUCCCUGAUACCAGUGCAAUGAUAAUAUUUAUACAUUACGCAUGUGCGCUGCUUCUGUUAACACAUACAUACUACUCAAAUGGAUUAGUAAUCAGUAUAUUAACUUAUACUGAAAAAGUGUUUCAUUAUUUUAUUCACAAUAACUUCGAUAUUAUAAUUAUUAACGUUAUUUAAUCGGUUUCUAUUUUCUUUUUCUUGUGAUGUUUCUAUUCCUCUUCAUUAUUAUUGUUUUAACCUAGCAAAUCUUAAAUUGUAAACAUCGGUGGAUUUUUACUACGCCUCAAUUUAGUAAUGAUUUUAUUAUUAUUAUUAUUACAAAAAUACACACAUAUUUAGCUCAAUUAUUCUCAAAUGAUUUAUUUGUUAAAUUACUUGUCACGGUCUUGAUUUUUGAAGAGGAGUUAUGAUAAUUGAAAUGGUGAUAAUACAAUAAGGGAAGAUAUUGUUUCUCUUUUUCUUACAUUCAUUCUUUCAUCAUUUAGUUGAUCUAAUAAUCAACUAUUUAGUCUGUUUAUUAUUUCAUUGUCUUUAUCAUUAUGGGUUUUAUUGAUUUUGAAUUGCUUUUUUUUCUCUGCCUUCAUUUAUAAAAAAAAAUAAGUUGAGCAUUAUUGCUAAUUAAAUAAUUUACUUAUUUAUUCAUUUAUUAAUUAAUUAAUAACAUUAUUAUUUGGUAUCAUUGUUAUUAUGACACUGUUAUUCAUUUUGAGUUUUUCGUAAACAGUAAAUUAAUUAAUUAAUUAAACACUAUUCAUGGAUAAAAUGGUUGAAAAUCAAGUAUAUGGUCUUUCUGCUUUCAAUUGUCAAAUCUUUCUUCUAUUUGAAUUAGUUCCUGGGAUUUAAGCAUUUACAUGGAUGUAUCAUUUUCAUACGACACAAGAAUGAUACAUUUCAUUCCACUUAGUCAGGUCACAUGACACUCUUGGACAAGAUGAUUUUGCAUGCUGUUAUAAGUGUAUGGUGGUUGUGACUUCCCAGUUACAAACACGGAAAAAGAAGCAUACUUCUUCCUGAGGAACCCGGUGGAGAAGUUGGACUAGUAGUGACCUUUUCGACAGAGAAAUGCGACUGCAGAGGCCUAUAGACAACUGUUCACAGUCAGUUACACACUGCAGUUUUGUAGAUUUAUUUGAAAUUAUCAAAUCAAACUUUGGUAUCGAUACCUACAGUUCUGUAAAUAGUUUCUGAUGCGUUUUCUUCAUCCGUCUGAGGCCUAACCACAGGGACUGGAGAUACAUAUGGUGUGGUAAAUCUAGGAGGGACUUUUUCAACCCCUCCCUUCGUUAGAAAGGUAGAGAUGUCGAUAUUGGUUGCUGGGGGAAACUCGUCACUGUUCUCACUUUCCUGUACAGCCGAGAUUUAAGUUACUGUUGCUUAGUCUUUCUGUUUUCCAGCCGACCUAGAUGGUAUGUUAAGACCCAUGGAUCAACAGUCCCAGCAAAUUUAGACCAUCCUAGCGUGCAAACCAUAUCAGGGUGGCAUGAUUCGCGUGUUGAACUUUUACUGUCCUGAGGCUUAACUAUUUACAUCUGUAAAGAAAAAAGACUACUGUGUGGCGAGCUGUACUAUUCAUUAGCAUAGUAAUUUUGCUGACACCACAUGGGAAGAUAUCGGUUGCAUUUUGGUUCGGGCAAGGAUAUAUGUGUGUGUUCCUUUAGGUAGGUGAAUAUUUUGUUUGCUUACAAAGGCCUACUCUAACUGUACGGCCUUUUUCUAGCAUAAAAUCGCUUUGGCCUUGUUUGAUGUGUCAGUAGUACUCCUUUAUGCACAAUCUAUGGUGACAAUCGUCAGAAUCUUUUGAAUCAGUGUCUAAGGACCUGAAUAUCUUAGUGGUAACGUAUCUGACUGAUAAUGGAUGAAGUGGACAAGUAUACAAUGGAGAGUGUCAUUUUCCUCAAGAUGAUAUGUGAGCCUCAAUGAUGAUUAACAGGUAGUACAUAAUCUGAUUUUCGAAUGUUCUGUCGAUUGAAUUUAACAGUCUCAUGUUUACUUUAGUUUUUCAGCAUGACAUGAAAGUAAAUUGUUCUGACUGAAAAUAGCGAUUAUUUUCCUGGAAGUGGUAACUGUGUUGUUGUUCAUAACGUAAGUUCAUUCCAAAAUAUACAUUCAAUCAAACACUUUCCUAUGAAUACUAAAACACAACAGCUAUGAAUAUGUUUUUAUCACGGUAAGUAGCAGAGAGAUUGAAAGCAGUGAGUAAAUUUCUGUUUGAACAAGUGGAAUUGGUUCUACUGCUGGAUUAGAUUAUUUUGAAAAAUAAUUUCUAACUACCUUCGGGGAUCAUUUUUAAAGGUUCACUGUUGUAAUAUGAGAUUUGAUCCAACUACUAUGAGGGUUUCGAACUUUUUGCCAACCUUUCUGUGCAGGAAGGGAUAAACACUGUAAAUAAAGCUGUGAGAUAUUAUGAUUUAUUUAUAAAUGGUUAGACUAAUUCGGACAGAAAGAUGUAGAUGGAACUACCCUAUUUGGUAAAAAAGUGCAUAUAUGAUCACUUCCCACACAUGUGUUUCAGAUUUACCAAACUGUUUUAAGAUAUCAUUUGGUCUGUCUGAUAAUAUUGUAGAAUCAAUGGAAAUGGUUUCACUCAUAUUAGAUCAUUUUGAUUUGUCUAGUAGGUCGCUAAUUGUUUCGAGAGAAAGUUAUUACUGAUGAUUAGCAAUAAACGUGAGAGUUAUUCACUUCAUUUUUUAACCAGCACACUGAUAUUUCAAAGAAUAUCAACAAUAUGUUUCCCUUGUAAGUGGAAAACCAAUCAUUGAC